ACCAGAUACAAAUGAUACUAAGACGGUAAAAUAAACGGCCUCGAUCAUCUUUCCCCUGACGGUGCUCUCCUACGCAUGCUUGGCGAACCUUUCUAAGCGCUUUAGGCAAAACGGCGUUCACCCGUCACGGAGAGCCUUCACUAAGCGACCUACACCUUCCAAGACCCCCUCGUUCGUCAAAGAUGGUGGAUUCGAGAACCCCUUCUCCUGAUGAGUGCCAUACUGGGCGGAGGAAAAGGGGUCGUCCGAAAAGCCAGAUCAGACAAGAUAUGUCCCCAAAUAGGCGGAGGACCCAGGUCAGGUUAGCACAGCGUGCCUAUCGUUCACGAAAGGAGGCCGAGCUACAGGCACUGAAGACUCAGGUCCAUGAACUGGAAAUGCUCGUCGAACAAAUGAAUGCGACAUUUCUAUCCUUCACUGAUGAUCUGAUUAAAUCCGGUGUGCUGUCAACAUGUCCAGAUGUCGCGCUGAGGCUCCACCAAACCAUAGCGCAAUCUCUAUCCUUUGCAAAUCGGGUCGUUUCUGUGGCAGCAGAUGACGCUGACCCCCUCGAUACUGAGGGAAAUGCGGUAGAGACAAGAGCACGCGGAGGGGUUGUUGAUACGACGGAAGGGGAUGUAGCUAAUGCUAACGACAACCUAUACGAUGUCGCCGAGAUCCCUCUUCCUGACAUCCAAGAGCUUGCUGUACAGGCUCAGCGAGAAGAUAGCAGCCAAGACCCCUUCGCAGUGACUCCAAAACAUGACAUUGCAGUACCGGAAAUACCAACACAAGCGACAAGCCUUUACCCAACGCCGCUGUUCUUUAAUACCCCCCUGUCUGGCACGCAUAUUCUGGAACGAGCAAGUUUCGCCCAUCGACUCUACCGUGCAUGUGUCGAGCGAGGAUAUCAGUGUCUAACAAAUCCGUCGCACCAACUCGAGGAACUCGAGGAACUCGCGUACAAAUUUAGACUUCCGAUGAAACUGUUUCCGCUACAACAUAUCAGAGCGCACUUCGAGAAGUUUCUAAGCGAUGGAUAUCACGGAGCCCUUAUGGAGCUGAAUGUUCCCUUCAUAAGUAUUGGUGGCGCAGGGACGCAUUUUCAACACCAGCAGAGGAGCUAUCUCACCGACAAUGCUUCAUUCCAGCCGAGCAUGAUACAGGUUGCGACAGAACGAGUUGACCCUGAUAUGCGAGGUGACUGGUUUGAUUGUUAUGAUGUGGAAGGAUAUCUGGAAAAGUGCAGAAUCGUCCCCGUUCGGGGUCUUCCGCUGGCAAAGAUGACGCUUCCGACUCUUCCGGGCUUGAAGCGCGCCCUCCGCCAUCAGCAAACCUCUAGUUUGAGCACCUCCCAACAGUCUGAGAACCCAAAGAUCAUUGAUGAAACUACAUUGAUCGAAAUGCUGAGAAUGUCUUGUGUGUGCCUCGGCAGAGUCCCCGGCUUUCCUCGCGCUACUGUCGAAUCCUUCGCAAAUGAGUUUUCAAUAUAUUACUCAAGCUAGCUUUUUUUAGGAAUGCAGACCCUGAUUCCAGCGAAACGAUAGCGCACUGCUUGUGGAACAAUCAGUGAUAGAAAUACCGUCCUGGGCGAUAACCGCUCGUCUUGCGAGAGUU